CUUCUCUCCUCUUCAUGCUCGUCUCCGAUCCUCACUCGUAACCCCCUUCGACUCUUUCUUCUCUCUUCUCCUCUGCUCUCUCUUUCGCAUUCCUUGUUUUCUCCUUCCUCCACACUCUCUUUGCUUGGAUCGAUCUGCAACCGCUGAUUCGGUUUGGUCUCUUCUCAGCUCCGGGGUUGGAUUUGGAAAAGCUUCGAAUGACACACUUGGUUGCUUGAGAGGUCGUUUUGCGGUGUUAGGAUUCGUGUGAAACGGAGAGGAAAGGGCCACCGAGAGGUAUGGGACUGAUCUCGGGGUUGGUGAUGGGGUCGUUGGUGGGGAUUGCGCUAAUGGCCGGUUGGAGCCGCGUGAUGAAAUCCCGGAGCAUCAAGCGCGUCGCCAAGGCUGUUGAUAUAAAACUUUUAGGGUUUCUGGGCAGAGAUGAUUUGAAGAAACUUUGUGGUGACAGUUACCCUGAAUGGGUUUCCUUCCCUUUAUUUGAACAGGUGAAAUGGCUGAACAAGCUGCUGGGUAAAUUGUGGCCUUUUAUUGCAGAUGCAGCAACAUUGGUAAUCAAGGAUACAGUUGAACCAUUACUGGACGAUUAUCGACCACCGGGAAUAUCUUCACUAAAGUUCAGCAAGCUAUCUCUUGGGAAUGUGCCACCAAAAAUUGAAGGAAUCCGUGUUCAAAGCCUCAAAAAAGGACAACUUAUAAUGGACAUUGAUUUCCGUUGGGGUGGAGAUUUAAGCAUAAUUCUCGCAGUUGAAGCACUUGUUGCUUCAUUGCCUAUUCAGUUGAAGGAUCUUCAGGUCUUUACUGUGAUACGUGUUAUAUUUCAACUUUCUGAAGAGAUACCCUGCAUUUCUGCUGUUGUUGUUGCGCUUCUGGCUGAGCCAAAGCCUAGAAUAGAUUAUACAUUGAAGGCUGUAGGAGGGAGCUUAACAGCUAUUCCUGGGCUUUCAGACAUGAUUGAUGACACUGUUACCUCAAUAGUCACUGAUAUGCUUGAAUGGCCACACAGAAUUGUUGUUCCACUUGGUGGAGUGGAUGUCGAUACAAGUGAACUAGAGCUUAAACCACAGGGAAAGCUCACAGUAACCAUAGUGAAAGCAAAUAAUCUGAAAAAUCAAGAAUUUGUUGGAAAAUCCGAUCCGUAUGUGGUUUUAUUUGUCCGCCCUGUGUUCAAGGUUAAAACAAAGGUAGUUGAUGACAAUCUCAGUCCUGUAUGGAAUGAAACUUUUGAACUGAUUGCUGAAGACAAGGAAACACAAUCUGUUACUUUUGAGGUAUAUGAUGAAGACAAACUUCAACAAGAUAAGAGAAUGGGCAUUGCAAAGUUAUCUUUGAAUGACUUGGAACCUAAAACCUUGAAGGAAAUUGAGCUAAGCUUACUGACAUCAUUAGAUACACUGAAGGUUAAGGAUAAGAAGGAUAGAGGAACUCUUACGAUAAAGGUGCUGUAUCACCCAUUCACCAAAGAGGAACAGCUAGUGGCCCUAGAAGAAGAGAAGAGAACCGUAGAGGAGAGAAGGAAACUGAAGGAGGCCGGAGUUAUCGGGAGCACGAUGGACGCGUUCGGUGGGGCUGCAUCCCUGGUUGGUUCAGGGGUGGGGAUCGUCGGCACAGGCCUGGAAUCAGGUGUGGGCAUGGUGGGCACAGGCAUCGGAACCGGUGUUGGUAUGGUCGGAUCAGGUCUCGGUGCUGGUGUUGGGAUCGUAGGAACUGGACUCGGUGCUUUCGGCAGUGGUCUCAGCAGAGCUGGAAAGUUCAUGGGCAAGAGCGUGACAAACCAGUUCAGCAGUUCUAAGCGGAACUUUAGCGGCCCCUUCCCUGCCGUGCAAGGAGAUGGAAAUGCAAGUUAGCUUAGUUGUGUUUUGCCAUUUGUAUGGUUUACUUCUUCCCCCUAUGCUUAUUGUUUCACUUGCUUUCGAUUGUUCGGUCUACCUUCUGUGGACUGUUUGCUUCUUGCCGCAUUCAUCAUCUUUGAAGAUUGUAGCUGAUAAAAGCAAGGAAUUAUGUUAUUUGUUGUACUACAUAAAUCAUCAUAACCUUGUUAUGUUGGAUUAUUCGUGUCUAGAUAACCUUGGAAAAGAAAAUACUAGUAAAACC